UCGGUGGGGCGGUGAUGAUGAAGAGGAGGAGCAGCUGGACUCGGUUCAGUCUGUCGCAACUUUUUCUUCUCUUUGUUUUGAGUUCUGAUGGACUAACUGUGACCGCAGCGAACCGGAUUAGCCAUCUGGACCAGUAGAACCAGGGCAGGAUUCGGGAGACGGACAGUGGCCAGCAGAGUCCGGUUUCUGAUCAUGUAGGACUGACGGACUCUGCGGAAACCUUUUGUCUCCAUGGAGACGGGAGUUUUUGCCGCCCUGUCUCAGUUUUGAAAAAGUUAUUGAUCGAGUACUGAUCAGCGAUGGCUGCGCGCCUCCUGCUGCUGCUGGCGCUCUGUGGACACGCCAAGGACGCAUUCCAGCUGCGAACCCCCAAUGGCCUGUACGCAGGCGGGCACGCGCACGGACCUCGCGUCGCCAGCAGACACAGAAACUGGUGUGCAUUUGUGGUGACAAAGACAGUGAGCUGUGUGGUUGAGGAUGGAGUAGAAACCUACGUAAAACCUGACUAUCAUCCGUGCAGCUGGGGCAGUGGACAGUGCAGCAGGGUGGUAGUAUAUCGAACCUACAUGAGGCCACGUUACAAGGUGGCCUACAAAAUGGUGACAGAGAUGGAGUGGAAGUGUUGCCAUGGUUAUAGUGGAGAAAACUGUGCCAAUGGCCCAGCUGAUGGAGCAGUGCCCCAGAUAUCCACCUCUAGAACUCAGCAGGGAGGCGAAGGAGGGGCAAGCAAUAGAGAGGGUGGAGGACAUAAUCAACAAGCUGAAAAUGAGAAAAUUAGACAAAUGGACGAAAAGAUCCAGAGUCUGACCAAGAAUGUCCAGGACCUGCAGUCCACCCUGAAUACCCUGAACAAUAACUUCAAGCAGGACAACGUCAAACCUUAUUUGAGUGGAGGAGAAACCUCUUCAGGGGGCAGAAAUCCUGCUGAUGCGGCUCAGCCAAAGAUCAAAGAGACAAUCCACAGCAUUCAGGCCAAACUGGAUCAACUGGAAAACCGCACACAGGCUCAUGAUAAAACCCUGGUCAACAUCAACAACCACUUGGUGAACGGGAAACACAAUGAGGAUGGAGAAGAGCUAAGUUCUCUGAAGGAAGAGAUUCUGAGGGAGCUCGAGAAAAGAGUUUCACUGUCCUGCUCCUCCUGUCAGGCUGGUGUGGAGGAUCUGCUCAGAAAGCAACAGGAGGACAGAGAGAGGAUUCGAGCUCUAGAAAAGCAGCUAAAUGCAAUGGACCUUCGCUAUCAGCAGAGGCUAGAUGCUCUGCAGCAGCAAGCAGCACCUUUGCAAGGGUGCUGCAACAAAGUCACUGACCUCCAAAAUCGAAUCACAGAUGUUGAACGCAAGAUCAGCUCAGCCUCAGAGAACUUUGAUACUCUGCAGAACCGCCUGAACAAGGAGCUCAGCAUUCGAGGUAGUGGUGGAAUCACUGGUGAUCGGAGAAAUACUGUGAUUGCAGAGGACAGGCUGGAUGAUCGGUUAAAGGACCUGGAGAGGCGUAUCAAUAACACUGUGCAGCAAACUGAACAGAGCUCUGCAUACCUUGAGAGUGACCUAAAGGAUUACUUUCGUCAAGAAUUAGGUGACCUGAAGACUGUAUUCCUGGAUCGGUUUGAUGACCAAGCGUUUAGGAUUUCAGAUAUAGAGUUAGAUGUUGGCUUGUUGAAGGACAAAUUUGGCGACCUGAGUAAAAAUUUGUACAAGCUGGAAAACAAGACUUCCCUUGUGAACCAGAGACUGAAAGAAUGCAGCUGUGGAGCUGGAGGUGAAACACAGGAAGCAGGAGAAGGAACUACAGAAGCGGGAAGGGGAGACACCUCCAACACCAGACUAUCGGGUGUUGGAGGACAAGGAGAUAAUUUAACAGAAAAAUCUUUGGAGUGGAGGGUUGUGGCCAAUGAGGAUCAGAUUCGACGAUUUAACAUGCGGGUCAGAGACCUGUCAGUGUCCGGAGACUCUCUAUAUGACAAGGUUUUGGACCUGAGCCAUGAUGUCCGUAAGAUAAAAUCUCUGACUGGCGAUCAUGGUGAGCACUUCAACCGAAUUGUGACAGAGGUGGAGAUGCUGGGCCACGACUGUGAGCUGUGCAGUAAAGUGGAACAAGGGCUACAAAGACUGAAAAACGAUUCCCAGGAUGCACUGGGAAACAUGCAAGGUCACAUCAACAGACUCCAAGUAAGACUGGACUCAGAGAAAGAUGGCUGCUUUCACAUCUGUUCGAACCUGCAAGAUGAAGUACACUUGCUCCAAGAAGAUGUCAAAAGGUGCAAGAGCCAGUGCAAACCCAGCUUCAAUAAGCCCACAGAUGGUUCUGCUGCGGGCAGUGAGGGGACAAAUGGCCCUGGGUUGGAUACUGAAAAGCCUUUAGAUGGCCACAGUGUAAUUGGGGGCUCCAUCAACAACAACCAGUUGAAGACGCUGCAGGGUGAACUGUCUGAGGUCAUUCUCACCUUCAGCUCCAUCAAUGACACCCUGAAGGGACUGGAACACACGGUGCAGAAACACAGCAGUGUUAUUACUGACCUUGGAAACACCAAGGACAAGAUUAUCUCUGAGCUGGACAAAAUUCAGCAGGAGGUGACAGAGCACACGGAGAAAAGCCAUGAUCGUUUGGAUGGGAUAGACCAAGAUAUUCGAAGACUUGAAAACACUGUUCUAGUAGAGAUGGGAGACUGUAAACGAUCUGCAGAUGGCUUAGAAAAAAGGCUUUCAAAGCUGGAAGGCACCUGUGGAAGACUGGAUGGUGUAUCUGACUCCAUUCACAAGAUUAAAGAAGGAUUAAAUAGACAUGUCACAGGUCUGUGGACAUGUGUUGCUGGUCUAAAUGACUCUAUCAUCCAUCACGAAAGCCUCCUGGACUCUGUCCAGAAGAAUCAGGACGAUCUUCACAGCAAGAUGAAGAACCUGAACUCGAGCCUAAACCAGGUUCUCAGCAGCCAACAGACUUUUUCUGAGGAUGGCUUGACUGGUGUCCGUGGACCUCAAGGCGACAGAGGCUUAAAUGGGCUGCCAGGGCCCAGGGGGCCUCCAGGACUUCCUGGACGACAGGGAGAAAGUGGAACACGAGGUCUGCCUGGUCCCAAAGGUGAACCAGGCUUACCUGGUGCUGAUGCUCAUGUGCCUAGACUGUCCUUCUCUGCUGCACUCACUGCACCAAUGGAGAGAGCUGGAACCAUCAUAUUUGACAAGGUCUUUGUCAAUGAGGGAGACUUCUAUGACCCAAAGACAGGUAUUUUCACUGCUCCUGUAGAUGGACAUUACUUCUUCAGUGCCAUCUUGACGGGCCAUAAGAACAAGAAAAUUGAGGCGGUCCUGUCUAAGUCUAACUAUGGCAUGGCCCGGGUAGACUCUGGAGGCUACCAACCCGAAGGCCUAGAAAACAACCCUGUGGCUGAAAUUAAAACCACUCCAGGUUCACUGGCCGUCUUUAACAUCAUACUGCCUCUGCAGACUCGGGACACGGUAUGCAUCGACCUGGUAAUGGGCAAAUUGGCACAUUCUGGAGAGCCCCUUACCAUCUUCAGCGGCAUGUUGCUGUAUGAAGACAUGUGACAGCCACAUUCUGAACAAUCCAACGAAUGAAUCAUAUGACCUGACACUCCCACAGACGGAGCUGUCGCUUUUCAUUCAGGUUUCCUCAUUCAAACCCUGGUUUUGAAUGACAGAAUCAGGCUACAUCAGCAGAAGGCAAUUUGUUGCCUGAUGUCCUUAAAUCCAAACAAUUUUGGUUACAUAAUCUUAUCUCAGCAGAAUUGUUUUUAAUUUUGUUUAGCUGACUCCUCACACACCUGCUUCCUGCUUGUAACUUCUGACAUUUGAAACGAAGGGAUGGUUUCAGUUUACAGUUAGUAGGAACAAUGCAGACAACAGUCUGAUUCACAGUUGUCCUACAGUGUAAUCAGGAAGACCUUUAAGGACAUGCAUUGAGCAUCUGACCAGUCUGUUAUCCAUGACCUGGAUAGUGCUUGGCUUGGCAAAAUGCACUUCCACAAGUAUUUGAGCAACAAUAUAUCAUUUUUGCAGUAUUGUAGUAAAUACUGCAAGACGUCAUUAUGUUAUUUUGUCAUCAAACUCUGUUCAAGCACCCUUUUUAAAGGGUGUAAUUUGUAAUUGGUUAAUCUAAUAUUUCUGGUAACUCUCUAAAUCAAAGCAGUGUGUCUGCACUUUAUUGACAUCAUGAGUGCUUGACUUUACAGUGAAUCUGUUGUGUUAGUGUACAGAUUUAAAAUGAAAGUUCAGUAACAAGCUCAAAUACAGUUCAGACAUUUGUGGUCCAGACUGUAUAUUGUAGCCCUUGAUGUGUAAAGCAAAAAUAUUUGGGUCAAUUCAACAUGCACAGUACAAAACAUCACGUCCACCCCUUAAGCAGGUCAGACAUCAUGGCAACAUGUGCAUGUGACUUUUGAAAUAUUAUCUCUGAAGAUUUAUUAUUGCACAUUAAGUUUUUCUAUUGCCAUUAGUAUCUAAUUGUGCAUGUUAUAACUUGCACCAUUCGCAGUGUCUUUACUCUGUGUUUCAAUUUGAAACACACCUGGAUGGUACCUUCACCCACAAUUUUGACAGUUUAACAUCAAGUUCAAGCUAACUCCUAAUUCUAUUGUGUCUCCAUUGUGUUACAUGAUGACUGUUUUUUAUGAAAUAAUUCAUUAGUGAAGACAAGUGUUGGAUUACAAAUUAUGCAAUUUAUGCAAAUGUUUUUUGUUGUGAAAGUCACAGAUUUGUAGUAUCUGAAUCAGGGAAGAAAGUGUUUUGUCACAGUGGGUCUAUCCACCCAGCAGAUUGGCAGCUGCAUUACCUCCUCAAGCCUGAUGUUCAUAACAUCACUGAAGCCAAAAACAAUCAUUUCUAGUGUGUAGUUUAGAGCCGAUCUGAUAUGAGCUUAGUGUGUUAGCUUAGCGUGAACAUGACUGAGCUCUCUGCACGUCUAAAAUAGGACACAAAGUGUGACUAAUAAGAGUACAAAGACAUUGUUCAGUGGACAACAAAACUGCACACAGGUUACAGAUAAAUUUAGAAGUUAGCUUAGCAUGACUUGGCGUGACUCAUAAGAGUACAAAGACAUGGUUCAGUAGGCAAAACUUCAUACCAGACCGAAACGUAGCAGUGAACAAAAACUCCUUUCCUCCAAUAGCAUGCUGAACAAAACAGGAACAGUCAAAACGUUGACCAAACAGCACCAACAAAGAUAGCAGUAUCAGUAACCCAGCACUGACUGAAGGCUGGGUAAGCAUAUAAAGGGGGGGCAGAGGGGUACUAUAGGCACAGGUGUGUGGAACGGAUUUCACUGACUUCACUGAGGAAAGGAGAUGCUGAGGGCAUGGCAUGGUGAGAGAGAGACAGAACGGCUGCCAAAGACAGCCAAGGGAUCCUGACAUCAUGAUUUGAUGUUAAACUAUUAAACUGUUGGGUCAUAUACCACUAAUGACAUAUGGGACAGACUAAGUCUAAUAUGUCUAAGUCUAGUAUCUAAUAAUAUCCAGUGUUCCCUUUUUUAAAUGAUUCCUUGAACUCUGGAACCUAUGGACAAGAGCAAUGGAAAAUCCCCAAUGGUCAAUGAAAUCAUUUGAAACUGCCAAACGCAAUGAUAAAUAGUUUGAGGUGGACAUGUGUGUACUUUGGAAGCUUUGGGGCUCUUCAACCUCACAAGACUACAAAAAAUGUACUCAACCCUGCAAACUGGCUCUGAAUCAACUGGCUUAGGACCCUUAAAACACUAAGUUAUUGAGGAUUUUAUACCAGGAAAGAAACAACAACAUUGGCUUCUCUGACAAGUGACAUGAUAUUCAAACACAAACAAAUGCUCACUGAAUGCCUGCACUUAGCCUGAUUCCGCUGGAGGUUUCCUCCAAGCAGGGUUUUCUACACUGUUAACAUUGUAUUAAAAUUCAUCAAUAAACAUUUAACUACAAUGUAUUGAUUGAUAUUCCAUUUAAGAGUUUGCUUAAUGUGCGAUUUGUUCUUGUGAUAUAACUGUGUAAGGCCUUAAACCUUACUUUGUGUCUUGAGCUAACUUUUUUUGUGAAUUGGUGAUAUACAAAGAAAAUUGAGUUAAAUUGAAUUGAAUUCAGUACAUUCAAGUAACACAAUUAUCGACAGUAGGUAUAAAAACAACAGCUGUAGUUUCUUUUCUGAGUUGAAAAUGCCUGACUUGCUCUAAACAUUGUUUUCAUGCAUUGUGUGGCUAACAAUCCCAUUUUGGUGGAAGCUGGAUCUGCACUUUAUCAUUUGUAAGUGUGAAUUACAGUAAUUUCAAAUACAGUUGUGCCUCGUAACACAACAUUUAGGAAGGAGUCAGUAAAUUGGAGAAUGUCUGUGAGUCAUUAAAUGUAAAAAUAUUUUAUUUGUUUGUUGUUAAUUGGCACAAUAUAAAUAAUCUGAAUACAAUUGAACAGAAUUGUUUAUGUGCUGUUUAUCUUCUUGUAGCUUACUUUGGAGUAAAACUGACUGAAACCCAGAUUUUAACUAUGGAGUUGAUGUUUGCAUGUGACUAUGUGAAGAGACAUGAUUUUGUCACACACUGUAACAAUGAAUUCAUAUCAUGCAUUUAAUGUCUCUGCAGCCCGCUUGUAAAACUGCUAAACAUCGAGGCUCUGCUAGAUCAUACAGUACACGGUUUUGGACGUCAUUCUGAAGGAACAGUUGCUAAAGAACACAAUUACCUCUCAAGGAUUUGUGUAAUUAGUAUAAUUAGCAUUAUUAUUUCCUCCCAUUACAAUACAAGCAAAGCAUUUAGCAAAUAAAACUUGAUGUCUAACUUACACUAGCUUCACCUGUCAUGUCUGCUGUAAAUGUACUUCUUCCGCCUGUGUUUCUCUGUUCUGGUCUCUUCUGUUCUGGACUCUAAUGUCUCCAGUUGGCAGAUUCUCAUCCAAUGAACCAUUACAACAUG